AUGCAACUCACCAUAGUCUUCUGGGAAUUCUUUCCUCAAAAACUUAAAAUGAAAGACCUUAUCAAUGAGUUGUUAUGGAAGAAAUUCUCAGUUCUCCCGGUUGGAAUUUUCUUUAGAGUCACAAAAUUCCAAGGGGAACUCAACGUAAAGCUUACUCCAAGUCAUGCCUGUGGUCUUGGACACAAUGAAGGUCUGGGAAUAUCGAGCGUAGACGGUGGAGUUCGAUGCCGCCAUGUACCAGGACGUCAAAACAAUUCUGGCGGAAAAUACAAUGUGAGCCUCUUCAAAAAAAACUUUGAAAAAGCAACAGAUAAGAAAAAGGAUAUCCUCCAUCCCGAAUCCAUUGAAUCAUAUCUCACUGCUCUUUCCCCAAAUUACUUCAAAAAUAAGUGGAGCUAUGCCGUCGCUUGA